UGACUCGCUCACAUGAUGAGGCGACCAGCCCGCGGAGGCUGUCACUCACUGGACGUGUCCGUUUGUUUCUUUGGUAUAGUCGGCUCGAAGAUGGAGAUUUGGGGCAAUUAAUGAAGAAUUCGCACGGCACAUCCAGGCGUGUCGUGAUUCCUCCAGUGAGCCCAGUGCCGCUUCUGCUUGGGUUGUUGGUUGAUAGUCGAGCACGAGUGCAAGGCACCGCAAAACAGACUUCAUUAUGGUGGAUUUUUUAGCCGAAAAUAAUCUGUGCGGGCAAGCUAUACUGCGAAUUGUCUCUAGGGGAAAUGCUAUCAUUGCAGAACUGCUGCGGCUUUCCGACUUUAUCCCCAGUUUCUUCAGGUUAAAGGACAAAGUCGAUCAGCAAAAAUAUGGAGAAAUUGUUUACGACUUCAGCUAUUUUAAGGGUCCUGAAUAUUAUGAAAGCAAGCUUGAAGCCAAGCCUGAGCUUCAGGAUUUGGAUGAGGAGUUCAGAGAAAACAACAUCGAAAUUCUGACCCGUUUUUAUCUGGCAUUUGAAAGUGUCCAUAAAUAUAUUGUUGACUUGAACAGAUACCUCGACGACCUGAAUGAAGGCGUUUAUAUUCAGCAGACCUUAGAAAGCGUGCUGUUAAAUGAAGAUGGAAAGCAGCUUUUAUGUGAAGCCAUUUAUUUAUAUGGAGUCAUGUUAUUGGUUAUCGACAUGAAGAUUGAAGGAGAAGUAAGAGAAAGAAUGCUGGUGUCUUAUUACCGAUACAGUGCUACACGUUCAUCUGUGGACACGAACUUGGAUGAUAUAUGUAAGCUGCUACGCAGCACAGGGUAUUCUAGUCAGCCAGGAGCCAAACGACCUGCAAACUAUCCUGAAAGUUACUUUUCCAGGGUACCAAUCAGUGAAACCUUCAUCAGCAUGGUGAUUGGCCGUCUACGCUCAGAUGAUAUCUAUAAUCAGGUUUCUGCCUAUCCUUUACCGGAACAUCGCAGUACAGCACUUGCUACACAAGCUGCAAUGCUUUAUGUGAUUCUUUACUUUACACCAAAUAUUCUGAACACGCAGCAAGCAAAGAUGAGGGAGAUUGUGGAUAAAUACUUUCCUGAUAACUGGGUCAUAAGUAUUUAUAUGGGUAUAACAGUUAACUUGAUGGAAGCCUGGGAGCCAUAUAAAGCGGCAAGAACAGCUCUUAAUUAUACUCUGGAUCAAGCAAAUAUUAAGGAGCAGGCAAGUCGAUAUGCUAGUAGUGUAGAAGUGUUGCGUCCCCAGGUUCAGCAGUUUCUAAAACAAGGAUUUCUUCGAGAAGAGUAUGUUUUGGACAACAUUCCCAAACUGCUUAACUGCCUUCGUGACUGCAAUGUGGCCAUUCGUUGGCUGAUGCUUCACACUGCAGAGUCAGCAUAUGACCCAAAUAACAAGCGAUUUCGUCAAAUGAAGGAUCAAGUGAUUAAUGACUCCAAAUAUAAUGCAAAAAUUCUCUUUCAGUUGUUACUGGAUACCUCUCAGUUUGAGUUUGUUCUGAAAGAGAUGUUCAAGCAAAUGUUGUCUGAAAAGCAACAAAAGUGGGAAAAUUACAAGAAAGAGGGUUCAGAAAGAAUGAUUGAACUUGCUGAAGUGUUUUCAGGUGUCAAACCACUAACCAGGGUUGAAAAAAAUGAAAAUCUUCAGGCUUGGUUCAGAGAAAUAUCCAGACAGAUUUUAUCUUUGAAUUAUGAGGACUCAACUGCUGCUGGAAGGAAAACUGUUCAACUUAUCCAAGCUUUGGAAGAAGUACAAGAAUUUCAUCAGCUGGAAUCAAACCUACAGGUCUGCCAAUUUCUGGGAGACACUAGAAGAUUUUUGCAUCAUAUGAUAAGAACAAUUAACAUUAAAGAAGAAGUUCUGAUUACAAUGCAGAUUAUUGGAGAUUUGUCCUACGCAUGGCAGCUUAUUGACAGUUUUACAUCCAUCAUGCAAGAGAGUAUCAGAGCAAACCCUUCAAUGGUUACGAAGCUGAGGGCCACUUUUAUUAAGCUUGCUUCGGCACUUGAUCUGCCACUUUUGAGAAUUAAUCAAGCAAACAGCCCUGACCUUCUCAGUGUCUCUCAGUUCUACUCUGGAGAGUUGGUUUCCUAUGUCAGAAAGGUACUACAGAUCAUUCCUGAGAGUAUGUUUACAUCUCUUGCAAAAAUUAUUAAACUGCAAAUCCAUGACAUUAUGGAAGUACCAACUCGCCUUGACAAAGACAAACUACGAGAUUAUGCACAGUUGGGAGCACGUUAUGAGGUUGCCAAAUUGACUCAUGCCAUUUCAAUAUUUACUGAAGGUAUCCUCAUGAUGAAAACCACACUAGUUGGUAUCAUAAAGGUGGAUCCAAAACAGCUAUUAGAGGAUGGAAUACGAAAGGAGUUGGUCAGAAGAGUUGCUUUUGCACUGCACAAGGGUCUUAUCUUUAAUCCGAAAGCUAAGACUAGUGAAUUAAUGCCAAAGCUGAAAGAAAUGGCUGCAACCAUGGAUGGAUUUUACCGUUCAUUUGAGUAUAUUCAAGAUUAUGUGAGCAUCUACGGGCUUAAAAUAUGGCAAGAAGAAGUGUCCCGCAUCAUAAACUACAAUGUAGAGCAAGAAUGCAAUAACUUCUUGAGGACAAAGAUUCAGGAUUGGCAAAGUGUAUACCAAUCCACUCAUAUUCCUAUACCUCAGUAUCCACCUGUGGAUGAAUCUGCGACAUUUAUUGGUCGGCUUUGCAGAGAAAUUCUAAGGAUCACUGAUCCCAAAGUGACUUGCUACAUUAACCAACUGAAUACGUGGUAUGACAUAAGAACUCAUCAAGAGGUCACCAAUAACCGAUUGUUUUCGGAGAUUCAGAACACACUAGGAACAUUUGGUUUAAACGGCCUGGAUAGACUUCUCUGUUUUAUGAUUGUCAAGGAGCUACAGAUUUUUCUGAGUAUGCUUCAGAGGACAAUCCUUAGAGACAGAUAUUUACUCGACAUUUUAAGAGCACUGAUGAAUGCUGUGUCUCCUGUGAAAGGUAUUGUGGCAAAUGCUUCUAAAGUUUACUCUACAGCUGUCAUGAAAACUCAGAAAGUUUGGACUCCUUAUUUAGAGGCGAUCCAAAAGGUUGGCCAAAUGCAGAUUUUGAGACGCCAGAUAGCUAAUGAGCUAAACUAUUCCUGUAAAUUUGAUUCUAAACAUCUGGCAGCUGCCCUGGAUAAUUUAAACAAGGCUUUGCUAGCUGACAUUGAAGCCCAUUACCAGAAUCCUUUGCUGCCAUACCCAAAAGAAGAAAACACUCUUCUUUAUGAAAUCACAGCAUACUUGGAAGCAGCUGGUUUAAAUAACCCAUUGAAUAAAAUUUAUGUCACAACAAAGCGACUUCAGUUUUUCCCUUUGGUGAACUUUCUCUUUCUGAUAAGUCAGCUCCCAAAAAUGCAAUAUAGCAAGAACCAAGGAAUGACUUGUAGAAAACCUACAGACCCAGUAGACUGGCCUCCUCUUAUACUUGGUCUCCUCACAUUACUGAAGCAGUUUCAUUCUAGAUAUGCUGAGCAGUUUUUGGCCUUAAUUGGUCAGUUUAUUCGUUCUCUCAUGGAGCAAACCACAAGUCAGAAGAUUCCAGAAAUGCCAUCAGAUGUCAUUGGAGCCUUAAUGUUCAUGGAAGAUUAUGUGCACUAUACAAAACUUCCAAGAAAGGUUGUUGAAGCUCAUGUGCCAACUUUCAUCAUUGAUGAAUUCCGAACAAUACUCUGAGUCCAAUUCAAAAAAGAAGCAAUGCAUUAUUGCUGUAAGAGAUCAGUAUGACAUCAUUAUUUGUAAUGGAGUUGGACUGAUUUCUCUCUGUUUUCAAGCACUUGUGUAAUGUAGGAAUCUGAGUUCACAUUUCUAAUGUAUUCAUUUGAAUUGACAUUCUAACUUUGUAUUAUUGUAACAUGUAAAUUUUCCUUAACAUAAUGUAAGCAAAGUUAGUUACCAAUAUAAAUAAUUUUUUUUUUACUAAAAUGUCCUCUAUUGUUUAAUAACUUUAUCCACCAAACUAUUACUUUAUAACUCUCUUACCAUACAGUAUGUUUUCAAUGUCGUAAUCAAGGCCAUCCACCAUUCCAGUCUUUAGCAGAUC